AUGUGUAAUGCACAAGAAUAUUAUUUUGCAAAAUCACAGAAAGGCGAAAAUUAUCGUCUACACGUUGCAAAAUCUAAACAUUUAGUUGGGUUGAGCACAACUCGUGGCAUUAGAGAGACCAAUGAGGAUCUUCAAGAUAAAGUUGAAUCUGAUAUAGAUAUAAUAAAUGUUGUACCUGUCUCAAAAAUUGAAGUGGAAGAAGAAAGUCCUGAAUGUGCAGAUUUUCUGACAACAAAUCUUCACAACCGAAUUGAAGAAGUUGCAGCUAAAGAUGCAGAUGAUGUAGUGGUUCAAUGGCAUGAAACAAAUAAAACCAAUUUACCGGAAUCAUCCUUAGAAUCAAAAAAGACUCUUACACUUGAACAACGCCUCACAUUGGCAUUUUUAAAAACAGAUUUGGAACUUUUAAAUGGGUCAGGAAAUACAAGUGGUUCUACAGCGUCAAUUGUUAUUGUUAAACCAUUAGAUCAUCAUCCGUUUUGGAAUAGUCAAAAACUUGAAAUAACUGUCGCACAUGUUGGCGACACUCGAAUACUAAUGUGUGAUGUACCUUCAGGGAAAGUAAUUCGUUUAACAGAUGACCAUCACCCGAGUGCCACAACUGAAAACAGCAGAUUACAAAGAUCUGGUGGAUACAUUAUAACGGAUUCGUUUGGCGCAGAAAUGUUUUUAGGAAAACUAGCAGUUUCUCGGUCUUUGGGUGAUUCAAAAAUGAAAAUUUAUGGUGUGUCUGCUGAACCAGACAUCAAAAUUAAUACAGUCAUUGGUAUGGAUACAGCAUUCUUGGUUUUAGUCUCUGAUGGAGUGACAUCUGUGAUGAGCGAUCAAGAAAUUGUUGAUUGUAUAAAAGGUUGUAAUGAUCCAACUGUAGGCGCAUCGAAACUAGUCAACUUUGCAGAAGAGCUCGGAUCAGAAGAUAAUAUUACAGCGAUGGUAAUAAGAUUUCCAGGAUGGGGAUCCGAAAUGCCAGAUCAUACAAAAGAUCUAAGAAAGUAUAGACUUGAAAAUGAAUCACGUGCCCAUAAUAGACGUACAUGA